GUGAUGUCAGCGCGCCGUCGAGCUCGAAAAAUGUUAGCGUAUGUUCUUCAGUCCGGGAGCGACGAGCAGGGGGCUUCUCUGGAGGGGAAAUAAUCUCGGUUUAUCUUUAUUUUUCUCGCCCCGGGGGGAAAACCCGCACACCGACGCCGGUUUGUCGGAUUGCGUCGAGCCCGGUUGUGAGUUGUUGGCGUCUCGGGGCCUGAGAGAAAGUUAGUCCGAUUCAUUUAUUUUCAGGAGUGAUGUCGAAUCCUGGGACUCGGAGGAACGGGUCAAGCAUCAAAAUCAGACUGACAGUCUUGUGUGCCAAGAAUCUCGCAAAGAAAGACUUCUUCCGAUUGCCUGACCCUUUUGCCAAAGUUGUCGUGGAUGGCUCAGGCCAGUGUCACUCCACAGACACGGUUAAGAGCACACUGGACCCUAAAUGGAACCAGCAUUACGAUCUAUAUAUCGGGAAAACCGACUCGAUCACGAUUAGCGUAUGGAAUCACAAGAAGAUCCACAAGAAGCAGGGCGCUGGAUUCCUGGGCUGCGUGAGGCUCCUGUCCAACGCCAUCAGCAGACUCAAAGAUACAGGCUACCAGCGUUUGGAUUUAUGCAAGCUGAACGCCUCUGACAGCGACGCUGUCCGGGGUCAAAUAGUUGUAAGCCUCCAGACCCGUGACAGGAUUGGCAGUGGCGGGCCUGUGGUAGACUGUCGAGGACUGUUAGAAAAUGAAGGGCCAGUCUUUGAGGACUCCGGACCAGGACGGCCUCUCAGCUGUUUCAUGGAGGAGCCUCUGCCCUACUCGGACCCCACAGGGGCUGCUGGUGGGGGCAACUGUCGCGCUCUGGAGUCACCUAAUCAAGAGCAGAGGCUUCAAGCUCAGAGAAUCCGAAACCAGGAGACUAGAAGUCACGCUCACACCCCGCAGAACCGGCCACAUGGGCACCAGUCGCCAGACCUCCCAGAAGGCUAUGAGCAGAGGACCACCGUGCAGGGACAGGUCUAUUUUCUACACACACAGACCGGCGUCAGCACUUGGCACGAUCCCAGAAUACCACGGGACCUGAACAGCGUGAGCUGUGAGGAGCUGGGCCCUCUGCCGCCCGGCUGGGAGAUCAGGAGCACGGUGUCAGGAAGGAUUUAUUUUGUUGACCACAAUAACAGAACCACACAAUUCACAGACCCCAGAUUACACCACAUCAUGAGCCAACAGUCUCAGGUGAAGGAGUCGAGCCAGGCUUUGCCAGUGCAGAUGGAUGUUCCUGUGGAGGAGGGUGAAGGUGAGCUGCCUGUGCGUUAUGAGCGAGAUCUCGUCCAGAAACUUAAGGUGCUGCGCCACGAGCUCUCACUGCAGCAGCCUCAGGCUGGACACUGCCGCAUAGAGGUGUCCCGUGAGGAAAUCUUCGAGGAGUCGUAUCGUCAGAUCAUGAAGAUGAGGCCGAAGGACCUGAAGAAGAGGCUAAUGGUCAAAUUCCGUGGAGAAGAAGGCUUAGAUUAUGGCGGAGUGGCAAGGGAGUGGUUGUACCUUCUCUGUCACGAGAUGCUUAAUCCGUACUACGGCCUGUUCCAGUACUCCACAGAUAACAUCUACACGCUGCAGAUCAACCCCGAUUCGUCUAUCAACCCUGACCACUUAUCCUACUUCCACUUUGUGGGGAGGAUCAUGGGCCUGGCUGUGUUUCACGGGCACUACAUAAACGGAGGCUUCACACUGCCCUUCUACAAGCAGCUCCUGGGGAAACCCAUCCAGCUUUCUGACCUGGAGACCGUGGACCCUGAGCUCCACAAGAGCCUCGUCUGGAUUCUAGAAAAUGACAUUACAUCUGUUCUGGAUCAUACGUUCUGCGUCGAACACAACGCUUUCGGCAAAUUCCUCCAACAUGAGCUUAAGCCCAACGGCAGAAACAUCCCAGUGACGGAGGAGAAUAAAAGGGAAUAUGUGAGGCUCUACGUGAACUGGAGGUUCAUGCGUGGCAUCGAGGCCCAGUUCCUCGCUCUGCAGAAGGGCUUCAACGAGCUCAUCCCUCAGCACCUGCUCAAGCCUUUUGACCACAAGGAACUCGAGCUGAUCAUCGGAGGACUCGGGAAGAUCGAUCUGAACGACUGGAAGGCCAACACGCGGCUAAAGCACUGUGUGGCUGACAGUAACAUAGUGAAGUGGUUUUGGCAGGCGGUGGAGUCGUUUGACGAGGAGAGGAGGGGCAGACUGCUCCAGUUCGUCACCGGCUCCACACGGGUCCCUCUUCAAGGCUUUAAAGCACUGCAAGGUUCUACAGGUUCUGCAGGACCAAGGCUCUUUACUAUCCAUUUGAUCGAUGCCAAUACGGAUAAUCUGCCCAAAGCCCACACAUGCUUCAACCGCAUCGACAUCCCGCCUUACGAGUCGUAUGAGAAGCUCUAUGAGAAGCUCCUGACUGCCGUGGAGGAGACGUGUGGCUUUGCUGUGGAGUGAACGGUUUCGCCCUGCCAGCGUCCACUAACUCGUCUAACAGCCCCUUCGACCCCACUACUACUACUUGUCCUCCUCUCCCUCACUCUUCCUCAGGGUGGACAGGAAGGCGCCUCCCUGCAGGCUCGAGCUGAAGGCCGUCUGAACACUCUCCCAGGAGCACAGAGAGGAGAGGCGCUACACAGGGCCACUAACACACACACACACACACCAUUUCCAGGCUGCUCAAGGAUUAUUUAUUUCCGUUGUGAGUCAGAUGGUUUUAAUUUGCAUUAUGAUGAUGAUGACCGGUACAAGAAAAGAGAGAGAAUCAUGUUUUUUUCUACUUUGUUGCUCGUGUCGUUGAAACGGUGGAUUACAGUCGAUGGGAAUUCAGCCGAAUUUGCAUCACAUAGCCACAAAAAAAGCA